CCGCCCCCGCCGGGGUGUCCCGGCCCCUCCCAGGGUGUCCCAGUGCCGCUGGAUUGUCCCGGCCCUUCCCGAGAUGUCCCGGUUCCCUUUUGGGAUGUCCCGACCCUUCCCGAGAUGUCCGGACCCUUCCCAAGAUGUCCCGGCCCCUCUCGGGAUGUCCCGGUGCCGCUGGAUUGUCCCGGCCCUUCCCGAGAUGUCCGGACCCUUCCCGGGAUGUCCCGGUGCCGCUGGAUUGUCUCGGCCCUUCCCGAGAUGUCCGGACCCUUCCCAAGAUGUCCCGGUUCCCUCCUGGGAUGUCCCGGCCCUUCCCGGGAUGUCCCGGUCCCCUCCCGAUCCCUCCCGGGCUGUAUCAGCCCCUUCCUCCUGCUCCCGCAUCCCUGCGGGGCUGUUCCCUCGGAGCCCUGGGAAUGUGAGGGGAACUGGAAUCCGGCGGGAUCCCGCCCCGAGAUCCAUCCCUGGGAUCUUCUGGGCUCCAUCCCCAGCAUCCAGAUGUGGAACCGCUCCCGCUCCGGGGCCUCGAUCCCGACCUGAUUCCGGGGUGGGGGGAAAAAACGGGGAAUGUGGGGAAAAUGGGAAAAGGGGUCAGGGCUCCCUGGGUGCCCGGGGGGAUCCCUGGGAAGGGGGUCAGGGAUCCUUGGGAACACGGGGGGAUCCCUGGGAAGGGGGUCAGGGAUCCUUGGGAACACGGGGGGAUCCCUGGGAAGGGGGUCAGGGAUCCUUGGGAGCACGGGGGGAUCCCUGGGAAUGGGGUCAGGGAUCCCUGGGAAUGGGGUCAGGGAUCCUUGGGAACGCAGGGAGAUCCCUGGGAAUGGGGUCAGGGAUCCUUGGGAACGCAGGGAGAUCCCUGGGAAUGGGGUCAGGGAUCCUUGGGAACGCGAGGGGAUCCCCGGGAAUGGGAUCAGGGAUCCUCGGGAAUGGGGUCAGGGAUCCUCGGGAACGCAGGGGGAUCCCCGGGAAUGGGAUCAGGGAUCCUCGGGACCCCUCUCAGCGCGGGGAUGUGGAAGCGGUGCCGCCGAUCCCGUCCUGCUCCUGGGGGGGGUGGAAAACACGGAAAAACGGGAAUGUGGGCGGAGUGGGAGCGGGGAAGAGGGAGGUUCCCAGGACAACGUCGUGGAAAAAUGGGAAAACCGGGAAAGGAAGGCAAAGCUGCUGACGGUGUCCCGGGUUUCCCCCGCAGCCAUGACCAUGCAGUUCAUCAGCCACCGCUUCCCCGAGGAUCACGAUCCCACCAUCGAGGACGCCUAUAAAAUCCGGAUCCGCAUCGACGACGAGCCCGCCAACCUGGACAUCCUGGACACGGCGGGGCAGGCGGAGUUCACGGCCAUGAGGGACCAGUACAUGCGGGCCGGGGAGGGAUUCAUCAUCUGCUACUCCAUCACCGACCGGCGCAGCUUCCACGAGGUGCGCGAGUUCCGGCAGCUCAUCUACCGCGUGCGCCGCACCGACGACACGCCCGCCGUGCUCGUGGGCAACAAAUCCGACCUGGCACAGCUGCGCCAGGUGUCCAAGGAGGAAGGCUCUGCCCUGGCCCGGGAGUUCAACUGCCCCUUCUUCGAGACGUCGGCGGCGUUCCGGUACUACAUCGACGACGUGUUCCACGCCCUGGUGAGGGAGAUCCGCCGCAAGGAGAGGGAGGCCGUGAUGGCCAUGGAGAAGAAAUCCAAGCCCAAGAGCAGCGUGUGGAAGAGGCUCAAGUCUCCCUUCCGCAGGAAGAAGGACUCGGUCACCUGAGCCAGAGGGGGGAAAAGGAAAAUUCCUCUGGGAAGAGCGGAAGGCGAGUGCGGCGGGCGGGCCCGGAGCGGCUCAGGGACAACACCCUGAGGGGACUCCGGGAGGGAGCGAGUGACUCUGCCCGUUGUUUGUGUUUAGGAUGAGAUUCCCUUCCUUCUGGAUCUUGGACUUCGCUCACAGCGACGGGUUUUCCUCCUGUUUGUUGCCAUUUUCCCCUCGGUUCCCGGCGUCGCUUUGGGAGCCUUCCCGGGUCAAACUGGGAGUACCGGGAGCUGGGCUGUGCCAAACGGGGCUGGAGCUGCCCCCAGACCGGCUGAAUUCCCUGUUUUCCUGGGUGUUUUGCACGAGCUGCUCUCCAGAACAACAACAACAACAACAACAACACCCCAGAGCUCCAGGGGCCCGGCCGGCGGGGAGGUCGCUGGGCAGAGCUGGGCUGGGCUGGGCUGGGCUGGGCUGGGCUGGACUGGGCUGGGCUGGACUGGGCUGGGCUGGACUUUUGGGGUUUUUUCCCGGCAAAAUUAACGUGGGAUCCUUGUGCAAGUGUUACCUGAGUGCUCAGCUCCCAGCAGGGCGGUGGGUGGGACCCAAAGGAGUCAGAGUCACGGAAUCAACCGGGUUGGAAAAGGGCUCUGAGGUUGAGUCCAACCGGGGACCCGACCCCACCACAUCCCAUCCUUUGAAACACCUCCAGCAGCUCCCUGGGCAGCCCAUUCCAGUGUGGAAUUCCAGUGUCCCUUUGUCCCACUGUGGCAGCAGUGCAGGAAUGUGGGGAUUUUCCCUCUGGAAUCGCGUUGGAGGCGCUGCCACCUGCGGAAAGCACAGCCUGGAGUUCCCUGCCCUGUCCAAACCCCCCCAAAUCCCGGGAGGAGCCGCAUUCCAGCGGGUCCGGGGCGGAGCCGCAGCUUCUCCCGCCUCCUCCCAGGAAAUGCCGGCAGCGGGAUCCGGGAUCCGCCGGGAACGGGACGGGGAGGGGGGAGAGACCUGAGUGUGCCCAAAGGGGAGCAAACCCCGCUGCUUCCAGCGGCACUUCCAGGGAAAAGGGGGAUCCGGGGAGUCGGGGCUGAGCUCGCCCUGCUCCAACCCCUGCUCUUGUCAGGCCUCGUCAGACCUUUCUCUUUUCUCUCUUAUUUCUUUCUUUCUUUUUCUUUCUUUCCUUCCUUUUCUUUCCUUCCUUUUCUUUUCUU